UACUGAGAGUUUCCAGCACGUGCAUCAUCCGAGCUAUUCAGAGGUAACACCGACCAUAGGCGGGUCACCGAGGUCUGUGGACUGUCUUAAAAGAAGAAAACAUGUCGUACGCUAAGUUGGUGUCUGCGCUCGUCAGGGGGAACUCGGGCAAACUGCGCAUCUCGAGCGGAAGAUGUCGAUCGACGGCGGCGUCCACGAAGAGCCGGGAGGAGAAGGAGCCGGGCGGCUGCGCUGUGGUGGAGGCGCAGCCCGUGGAGCUCAUCUCUCAGACCCGGAGCGCCUCGGACGCACCGCUCAGCAGAGUCCACAUCGAUUUCGACAACACCAAAGAAGCGUACGAGAGUAAAGGCAACGCCGAGCUGAUCAGGAGUCUGGUGGUGUUCAAGCUUUGCACUGUGGACCUGCUGGUGGAGAAGAACAAAGAGUUGAUCGAUCUGAGCAGGAAGGUGCUGGGUCAGUGGCUGUUCGAGAAGGUGAUGAAGAUGACCUUCUACGGCCAGUUUGUGGCAGGGGAGGACCAAGAGUCCAUCAAACCUUUAAUCAAGAAGAACCAGGCCUUCGGGGUGGGGGCCGUUCUGGACUACAGUGUCGAGGAGGACCUCACCCAGGAGGAGGCGGUCAAGAAGGAAAUGGAUGCAUGUGUUUCUGAAGCAGAGAAAGGAAGUCCAGGGGCUGAUCAUCGUGAGAAGAAAUACAAAGCUCACCGACAGUUCGGGGACAGGCGUGGGGGGGUCACCAGUGCUCGUACCUAUUUCUAUGCCGAUGAGGCCAAGUGUGACAACCAGAUGGAGACGUUCAUCAAAUGCAUUAAAGCCUCCGGUGGAGCCUCUGUUGAUGGAUUUUCUGCCAUCAAACUAACCGCUCUGGGACGUCCACAGUUCCUCCUCCAGUUCUCUGAAGUCCUGGUCCAAUGGAGAAACUUCUUCAACUUCCUCGCCGCUCAACAGGGAAAGUCUGAAAUGAUACUUUUGGAACAAAAACUGGAGCUGGACCAACUCAAGGCAAAUUUGACUCAGAUGGGUGUUGGAGCCAAGGACGACAUAGAGAACUGGUUCACUGGGGGAAAACUGGGUUCAUCAGGAACGAUUGAUCUGCUUGACUGGAACAGUUUAAUACAAGACACAACUAAGAUCUCCAAUCUGCUCAUGGUGCCAAAUAUUGAGUCAGGCCACCUGGAGCCGUUGUUGAAGAUGUUCACAGACGAGGAAGAGCGACAGAUGAAGAGAAUGCUGCAGAGGGUGGACGUUCUGGCCAAGCAUGCUGUGGAGAACGGGGUGAGGCUGAUGGUGGACGCCGAGCAGACGUACUUCCAGCCGGCUAUUAGUCGACUGACCCUGGAGAUGCAGAGGAGAUUCAACAAAGAAAAGCCAAUCAUUUUCAACACAUACCAAUGUUACCUCAAGGAUGCCUAUGACAAUGUCACUGUGGAUAUCGAGCUGUCACGGAGGGAGGGCUGGUACUUCGGUGCCAAGCUGGUGCGUGGAGCCUACAUGUACCAAGAGAGAGCCAGGGCCGAGGAGAUUGGCUACGAGGACCCAAUCAACCCGGACUAUGAGGCCACCAACAGGAUGUAUCACAAGUGUUUGGAAUACUUGCUGGAGGAGAUCGAGCACAACAGGAAGGCCAACGUCAUGGUUGCAACACACAACGAGGACACGGUGAAGUUCACCCUCGAAAUGAUGAAUGAGAUGGGCCUUUCUCCCACUGAGAAUAAAGUUUACUUUGGUCAGCUGCUGGGGAUGUGUGACCAGAUCAGCUUCCCACUAGGUCAGGCAGGUUUCCCAGUCUACAAGUAUGUUCCAUAUGGCCCUGUCAACGAGGUCAUUCCCUAUCUGUCCCGCCGCGCUCAGGAGAACCGCGGCUUCAUGAAGGGAUCGCAGAGGGAGCGCAGCCUGCUGUGGAAGGAGCUGAAACGCAGGCUGCUGUGUGGCCAGAUUUUCUACACGCCUGUCUACUGAGUUACAGCACCGCGACAUGCUAACAGGGGUACAUCUCUGUAAACAUUCCAGCGUCUGAUCUGAGCUGAACCACCACCUGAUAGCUGCUCUGAGUAGAGGAAGUUUAGUGUCCCUCGUGUGCCUGUUAGGGUUCGAGGUAUUGAAGAGUGUUUUUAGCCUGUGAUAGGAUUUAUUUUAGGAUAUUUAAUAACCAAAGUGUUAAAAACAUUGAUGAUCCUUUAAGAAGUGGUUGAUAUUUCAGCACCAGUUUAUUUAACCAGUAACAUUUAUCCUCAUAACAAGGAAUUAUUCAGUACAGGUUAAGAAAAUGAUAUUGUAUGUUUACCAGAUAUGGCGUAUUUGUAUAUAUUUAUAAGUGCCUUGAUGAUGAAAGAUACUUUGUAUGUUAUGUUCAUUUUAUUUGUCAUAGUUGUCACUCACAGUGCCUUAUGAUGGCUGUCAUGAGAUUUACUGAAAGCAAUCAGCUACUUUACAACUUGUCGUCACUGUACACUCCUCCAGCAGGACUCUAAAUUAUUUUAGCAUGUUUAUUGCUGCUAUUAUAUGUAAAUGUGUUAACAUUUGACGAUGACUGUAAACCACAGGGGUUUUAAUGAUAAAAAAAAUGGGUUGAAUGUAUCUUCAUAUCUUGUUUAAGUCAUAACAGCAUAUCAACAAGAAGAAAAUCUGUUUUUCUCACAUGACGUAUAUUAAUGCAAGGCGUAGAUGAUGUGUAACUGUGGAUUUUUGCAUAAAAGUUAACCAUCCUUUA